UACCUCCAUAACCAUUGCCCGGCGCUGGAAUUGUACGCCACUUGAAAUCAGUUUGACUUCAACGCGCUCAAACGAUUGUAGUGAUUCGUAAUAACUUCGAGAAAAUCUUAUAUAUUUUCGGCAAUUAAAUUGAUACAAAGAAAUAGCGAUUUUUAAUUUGAAAUUUUCAAUGCAAAUAAAGUGAGUGUUUCAAACAACAACGAUAAGUAACAGAAGGAGCAUUAAUUGCUCUCAAACUCAGACACAGCAUCUCUGCGCAAAAAGAGUCCUUGCUGAGCGCCACAUAUCCAUAUCCUUUUGGGAAAGCAUCUCAACUUCUUUUAGCAGAGCGUCUCAUAUCCUUUUCGGAGAGCGCCUUAUAGCUGAAUACCGUUAUAAUUGUGAGCCGCUGAGCCUAGUGAACUGUUGUGUAAAAGCGUUUGUGUGGGCGUUGUUAGCCGUUCAUUCGCUCACAAAAGGACUUAAUAGCAAUAACAACAACACUGUGCUAUAUCCUCCUUGAAGCUCGUGUUGAACUACUGCGUACGUAAGUGCUUAUAACGGGAAUUGUAUGACAAGUGCGCGCGCAUAGUACUCGCAAAACCUCAAAUUUAUUGACAGGAGAGUGCAGUGAACGCUUCAUUCGCUGACAAAAAGCCAAAAGUGUACGCAAAAAAAAACAGAACACGAAUUAAACGCGAAUAAUUUCGAGAGUGACUUCGUCGUAUUUGUUUAUUCACCACAAUUUGCAUUUGUUCGCCGCUUAUUCAACAAAUAGGGCUUGAGUCAGCCAGCAUCGCCAGCGGCAUCCUUCAGCCACACAGCAAAGUAAAGGCAGCAGCAAUAACAAAAACAACAAAGCAAUUGCUUGCGUGUUGCGCAGUUUUCUUUCCGUUGCCAUUUAUUUAUCGCCUCCGCUCACACACAAACACACACUCAACCACACAGAAGCAGACAAAACUGUAGCGAUAGCUGCUCGUUAAAGGCGGUCAUCUCAUAAAACUGGGCAUUCCAAUUAAAAGCAAAAUAGAUUUCUUCUUGGCCAAUAGUUCACCAUCAAAUCUGCACACCAACCGACAGCUACAACAACAGCAACGGCGUUGGACGACGAGAAAAACCAGCCGCAGCACACGCACUGCGAUUCGGGCUAGCAACGCUGUCACCAGGGCUAGAAAACCGACACCACUCGAGGCCGAGCAACAGCAACAGCAGCAACAAAAACAACAACACCAAUCAAAACGUCAACUCUUUGUUAAAAUGAAUCUUCUAAUGGUCUGCGUACUCUUGCUGGUGGCAUUUAUCUGCCAGCCAACAUUGAUUUAUGGUCUACGCGGCAGUCACAACUCCGCCGCCGCUGCAGUCCCCAACACCCACGGCGACCACGAGCUCGUCCACCAUCAGCGUAGUAUCAAAACAUUUGGCGGCAAAGUGAAACGUUCACGCUCCCAUUUACCACACGCUUCGGCCGCUGAGCAGGCGAAUGCCAAGCUUGUCAUGGCGAUGGAGUCGGGUGACGUAUUGGUGCGGCGUGCAGCGCGUGGUGCCAAUGUUGAGGGCGGCGAUGACAGCGCAAGCAACGUUGAUGCAGCUGCUGUUGGCGGUGGAAAGCGCAACAAGAAUGGCAACAACAACAAUAAUAAGAAAUUGAACAAGAGCUCGGAUGCGUCGAACGGCGGUCGGAAACAGGACAAAAAGUUCUCAGCUGCAAUUGGCGGUCAAGCACAACAACAGCAUCACGGCAGUGGUAACGGUAAUGGCAGCGGCAAGGGCAGACAACGCCAGCAACUGCGUUCGCAACAACAUCAGGGACACGGCAAACGCGGCGGCAACGGCAAUGGCAGUGGUUCGGGCGCCAAAGUGCGCAUGGAGAGCGUGGAGAAGACCUCAACUUCGGAAAAGUCACAAUCCAGUUGUCGUUACUCGAAAGGCGCUUGGACCGAUUGCGAUCCCAAAACCAAUGUGCGCACACGCACUUUGACGCUGAAAAAAGGCGAGGCGAAUUGCUUGACCACCAGAACCAUGCAAAAGAAAUGCAAGAAGCCUUGCCGUUAUGAAAAGGGCGCCUGGUCGGAAUGUACUAACGGUCAAAUGACGAGACAAGAUAAAUUGAAAUCGGCCAUAACAACUAAUCCAACUGUUGCAACUGACACCACUGAUACCAAUGCAGAUUCAAACUGUGAGGCAAUGCGCAAACUCACCAAGAGAUGUAAUGUCGGCGGCGCAAAGAUGGCUAAUAAGUCCAACAAGGAGCGCAAACAUAAGGAUAAAGGACAACGCCGAACACAACAGCAGGCUCAAUGAGAAGAGAUAUAAGAGAGAAAAAAAUUAUCAAAAAUGUGCUAAAUGGACAAGGGCACGCGGUUUUAAAUUAAAAUAUCAUAAUUCUAACAUUUAUUUUUAAAAACACGAACUAGUGUAUACUUAAAAUACAUAUAUACAUACAAACAUUUUACAUAAUAUAAUAAAGUAUUAAGUUCUAAAUUUGUAGAGCAGAACGCGCAGCGGAGGGACAUGCAUGUCUUUUACAAUUAAAAUACCUUAAUAUAUACAUACAUACAUACAACAUUGUACAUGUAUUGCACAACAAAUUAGAAUAAAACAAACUUCUUUGAAAUAAAAAUAAUAAAACUUUA